GGGCUCGGCUCGAGAAGUCAAGAUGGAGUCGCUGAGUCGAGCUGGGCAGGAGAUGAGCUUAGCGGCCCUGAAGCAGCACGACCCCUACAUCACCAGCAUCGCAGACCUCACGGGCCAGGUUGCUCUGUACACCUUCUGCCCCAAGGCCAACCAGUGGGAGAAGACUGAUAUAGAAGGGACCUUAUUUGUAUAUCGAAGGUCAGCUUCCCCUUACCAUGGUUUUACUAUUGUGAAUCGAUUGAAUAUGCACAAUCUUGUUGAACCAGUGAAUAAAGAUUUGGAAUUUCAACUCCACGAACCAUUUCUUCUAUAUAGAAAUGCAAGCUUGUCAAUAUACAGUAUCUGGUUUUAUGACAAGAAUGACUGUCACCGCAUAGCCAAACUCAUGGCUGAGGUGGUAGAAGAGGAGACACGGCGCUGCCAGCUAGCUGCCCGGGAUAAGCAGAGUCCCAGCCAGGCCAACGGUUGCAGUGACCACAGGCCCAUCGACAUCCUGGAGAUGCUCAGCCGAGCCAAGGAUGAGUAUGAGAGGAAUCAGAUGGGCGACUCAAAUAUCUCCAGCCCUGGGUUACAGCCAAGUACUCAGCUCUCCAAUCUGGGAAGCACUGAGACUCUAGAAGAGAUGCCAUCCGGGUCACAAGAUAAGUUUGCAAUUAGAUGUCAGUGCUGCCUUACAUUUGAAGUGGAUUUUGAAUCUGGAAGAUCCCUUAAACUACUGGGAGAUUCUGCUUUAUCUGGACACAAACACCUGACAGUGGAAGAAUUAUUUGGAACCUCUUUGCCAAAGGAACAGCCAACAGUUGUGGGUCUGGAUUCAGAAGAAGUGGAGAGGCUGCCAGGAGAUGCCGCUCAAAAAGAAUUUAGCUCAUUCCUACCAUUUUCCUUUGAGCAAUCAGGAGGCGCCCCUCAGUCAGAAAACCUGGGAGUCCAUCCGGCUGCCCACCACUCAGUGCAACCUGAAGUCACCGCCCCGGUGCUAAUCACUCCUGCCUCCAUCUCACAGUCCAGUGAAAAACAGGUCCCAAGCUAUGCGAUCCCACUGCGUCCUGGGCUCAGCCCCACUCUACCAGCAGAAGCUCCUACUGCACAGGUUCACUCCAGCUUAGCCCGAAGCACCACCAUGAUGCAAGCAGUGAAGACCACGCCUAGACAGAGGUCUCCACUCCUGAGUCAGCCAGUCCCUGAGCUGAGCCAUGCCGGUCUGCCUGCCAGCCAGAGCCCCUUCAGGGCACCACUGAGCGUGACAAAUACCGCUGGUACAACCCUCCCAAGCAUUGAUCUUCUCCAGAAACUCAGGUUGACCCCACAGCAUGACCAAAUACAGACACAGUCGCUUGGGAAGGGUGCAGUGGCACCUGGCUUUUCUCCAGCAGCUGGCCAGCUGGCCACCCCUGAGAGCUUCAUAGAGCCUCCCCCUAAGACAGGAGCAAGAGCCUCCACCACCCUGAGCAACAUGGUGCUUGCUCCCCUUCAGUCUAUGCAGCAAAACCAGGAUCCUGAAGGCUUUGCCCAGCCAAAGGUGUUAUCCGGUGCCAUCCCGGGUGCAGGCCCCCCACUGGUUACUGCAACAACCACUGCAGUGUCUUCAGUGCUGCUGUCCCCGAGUGUUUUCCAGCAGGCGGUCACCAGGGCCACAGACCUGGAGAGGAAAGCUAGCUCCCCUUCUCCUUUGACGAUUGGAACAUCAGAAAAUCAGAGAAAGCCUUCUAUUAUUCUCAGCAAGUCUCAGCUCCAGGAUACAUUAAUACAUUUAAUAAAGAAUGACUCCAGCUUCCUCAGUACACUUCAUGAAGUCUACUUGCAGGUUCUAACCAAGAACAAAGACAACCACAACCUAUGACUGGAGCAGAAACCGGUCUGAAGACAGAAUGUCAACCUCAGAAACAAUAGGCCUCAUCAUGGGAACUUCUGAACAAAACAUUGUGUUUUGAGAAUCCUGAAAUUGAGCCUAUGAGAAAGAGACUCAUUCCUUAAGAAUGUUUUCCAAGUGACGUUCUCAGUGAUAAUGGAGGUUUCACUGUGAAGCAUCACCAGCAGACCUUUGUUUUGACAAAAAAAAAAAAAAAAAAA